AAGAAUGCUCGAAACUCUGUAGUAGCUAACGCCGGAAAAAAAUCAGGCCGCAUGUGUGACUGACUGACUGCCUGCCCGGUAAUAUACGUUGAGGCAAUUGUUAGGUAAUUUUAUUAACAUCACACAAUAAAUUGUUAGUUUUUGCUUAAGUUUAAAGACGAAAAUGCCCAAGAAAGCGAAAGAGGUGCCAGAAUGGGAGGGAGACGAAGCUGCGCCGGCAGAAAAAGCUGUAAAAAAGGGCAAGAAAGAUAAGAAGGCAAAGAAAUCAUUCUUUGAGGAAUUGGCUUCAGAUGUCAAAGAAGAGAAGGAAGAGCCUGCAGUUAAGGAAACUCAUGGAAAGCAGCCCCAGAAGAAAAAGAAGGAUCGCAGAAAAGACCGAGGUGGGGAUGGUGGUGAGGAAGAUGACGAGGUCAUGGAGAGACUCAAAAAGCUAUCAGUGCAGCCCAGCGAUGAUGAGGAAGAUGACGUUGUUGUGCAGAACAAAGGUGGCAAGAAAAAUAAGGGCGUGAAUAUAUUUGCUGCUCUGAGUCAGGAACAGAGCGACGAGGAUGAUGCUGGUAAAGAGGAGGAAGAUGAGAGACCAGGGAUGAAGAGCAGCAAGGAUGAGGGAGUGAAGGCGGCAAAGAAGAAAAAGGACAAAGCUAAGGCCAAGAAAAUAAAAGAAGCUUCAGACGAUGAAGAGCAGUCAGAAAAGAAGGAUGAAGAUGAAAAAAAGAGAACUGAGAAGAACAAGAAAGCAGCUCCAAAGCCAGGAAAGGCAUCGGACGAGGAUGAGGAAAAGGAAGACAAACAGGAGAAGCGGGGGAAGAAGGUGAAGCAGGAUAACCAGAAGGCGAAAGCCACCCAACCAUCACGGCGAGAGGAGGAGGAGGAGGAGGAGGAUGAGGAGGAGGAGGAUGAAGAGAAGAGUGAGGGAGAGGACGUGUGUAAGGACGCCUAUGAUGAUCAGGGGAAGGAGGAGGCUGUUGAUCCCUAUGCCAACUUGAGCAAAAAGGAGAAGAAGAAGAAGAAGAAACAGCUGGAGUACGAGAGGCAGGUGGCGACCGUGCGAGCCCAGAGCACGGCGGAGGGGGACUUCUCCGUGUCCCAGGCCGAGCUGUCCUCCAGGCAGGCCAUGCUGGAGAACGCCUCCGACAUCAAGUUGGAGAGGUUCAGCAUAUCUGCCCAUGGGAAAGAGCUGUUUGUCAAUGCCGACCUGUUGAUCGUGGCAGGAAGGCGGUAUGGUUUGGUCGGGCCCAACGGCAAAGGGAAAACCACUCUCUUGAAACACAUCGCAAACCGAGCCCUCAGCAUCCCUCCCAACAUAGACGUCUUGCUCUGCGAGCAGGAGGUGGUUGCGGAUGACACUCCAGCGGUGGAGGCCGUGCUGAAGGCAGACACCCGCAGGCUGAAGCUGCUGGAGGAGGAGCGGCAGCUGCAGAACCUUCUGGAGAAGGGCGAGGACAGCGUGAGCGAGAGGCUGCAGAAGGUGUACGAGGAGCUGCGAGUGAUUGGUGCUGCCGCUGCCGAAGCCAAAGCCCGCAGGAUCCUAGCGGGUCUCUCCUUCACCCCCGAGAUGCAGAAUAGACCCACCAAGAAGUUCUCUGGAGGUUGGCGGAUGAGGGUCUCCCUGGCCAGAGCACUGUUCAUGGAGCCAACUCUGCUGAUGCUGGACGAACCCACCAACCACCUGGACCUGAACGCCGUCAUCUGGCUCAACAACUACCUACAAGGAUGGAAGAAAACCCUUCUCAUUGUGUCCCAUGACCAGAGCUUUCUAGACGACGUGUGUACUGACAUCAUCCACCUGGACAACCAGAAGCUGUAUUACUACAGGGGCAAUUACCUGACCUUUAAGAAGAUGUAUGUGCAGAAACAGAAGGAGCUACAGAAACAGUACGAUAAACAGGAGAAGAAGCUCCGAGACCUGAAGGCUGGAGGGAAAUCCACCAAACAGGCUGAGAAGCAGACGAAGGAGGCGCUGACACGGAAGCAGCAGAAAGGGAAGAAGAAGGGAGCAGAGGAGGAGAGCCAAGAGGCUAUGGAGCUGCUGAAGAGACCCCGAGAGUACACUGUCAAGUUCACGUUCCCUGACCCACCCCCGCUGUCUCCCCCGAUUCUGGGGCUGCACAGUGUUGACUUCACCUACGAAGGUCAGAAGUCUUUGUUCAAAAACGUGGAUUUUGGUAUCGACAUGGAUUCUAGGAUUUGCAUAGUUGGACCCAAUGGAGUUGGGAAGAGUACUCUGCUGCUGCUGCUAACUGGCAAACUGACUCCUACUCGAGGAGAGAUGCGAAAGAACCAUCGAUUGAAAGUUGGCUUCUUUAACCAGCAAUAUGCCGACCAGUUGAACAUGGAGGAAUCUGCCACAGAAUACCUCCAGAGGAAUUUCAACCUGCCCUACCAGGACAGCAGGAAGUGCCUAGGGCGAUUCGGCCUGGAGAGUCACGCGCACACAAUCCAGAUCUCCAAGCUGUCAGGAGGUCAGAAAGCCAGAGUGGUGUUUGCGGAGUUGGCCUGUCGGCAGCCCGAUGUCCUCAUCCUGGAUGAACCCACAAAUAACUUGGACAUUGAGUCAAUCGAUGCCCUAUCUGAAGCCAUCAAUGAGUAUAAAGGAGCCGUGAUCAUCGUGAGCCAUGAUGCCAGGCUCAUCACUGAGACCCAGUGCCAGCUGUGGGUGGUGGAGGACCGUACCAUUAACCAGAUUGAUGGGGACUUCGAGGAUUACAAGCGGGAAGUCCUGGAGGCGCUGGGGGAGACACUGGCUCACAAGUCUAAGGAAUGAAUGGGCUAAGGGGAGAUGCAGAAUCGAGGGCCAAAUCAAGCACAUACUACACCGUGUGAAUGCGGGGGUGGGGCUUGGGCAUGCAUUGUUGUGACCUCUCGACCAAUAAAGCUCCUGAACUGA